GAAUGAAGUCUGCGCCCCUUCAAAGAGGCCAUGUUUUGGGCGUGCGCUGCUGCUGCUGCUGCUGCGACGUGUGCGCUCGCGUCUCGUGCAAACUGACUGCCGCUCUUACGAUAGCGCGAUUUAGCGUAGCUGCUAUCUGAUAACGAGUUUAGCAUGAUCGUUCUUCCGCCCGAAGAAGCGUUCCAUUGGGCAAAGUGCGAAGGCCUUAACUUUUAAAACUCCGCGGCGCAAACGGAAGAGGAACGUUAAUCGCGGCCUUGCGGAAGCAGCGUGUGUUAGUUUGGACGCCUCUCUUCGAGCUGCGCGGCAUCGUAUGUCCACGCCUUCUUCGGAGCAAGCUGCCGUCAUCUUCGCGCGUGAUUAACGGCAACUGGUGGCACAGAGAGAGAGAGCAUUGGUGUCAGCGGACCUGGUUGGCGGCUAACGACCCGCCGCUGGACCUCUUUUUCUGGGAGCAGCCGUUUUUUCCCGACGUCAGUCAGCGACGGCGGUGGGCGUCUUCGUUGUGGCUGCCUAGGCUGCCAUGGGCGAGCGUCGCGGCCUGAAGGCGCUCGAGCUAUGGUGCCGGCGGGUGACCGAGGGCUACCGCGACGUCAACGUGGUGGACAUGAGCUCGUCGUGGCGCGACGGGCUGGCCUUCUGCGCGCUCAUCCACCACUUCCGGCCCGACCUGAUCGAGUUCGACGCGCUGCGCAAGGGCGACGUUCUGGCCAACAACCGGCUCGCCUUUAGCGUCGCCGAGUCCCAGCUGGGCAUCCCGGCGUUGCUGGACGCCGAGGACAUGCUGGCCCACCGCGAACCGGACCGGCUGAGCGUGGCCACCUACGUGUCCCAGUUCUACCAGUACUUCGAAGGCAGCAUCGGUUCCCGCCGGAGAGCGGCGACGGCGGCGUCAGCGCUCAAGAGGCCCGCGUCCUCAUCGUCGUCUCCACCUCCGCCGCUGAGCAUCGGGCCCCCGACCAAGGUCACCACCGGCGACUCGUGCCAUACGUGCCGCAACCGGGUGUUCCUGCUGGAGCGACUCAUGGUGGACGGCCGGCUGUACCACAGGUCGUGCUUCCGCUGCAGUCGCUGCGACGCCGUGCUCAGCCCGGGCGCCUACAACGAGUGCGACAACGCGCCCGGCACGUACGAGUGCACUGUCUGUCCAAAGGAUGAAGGGCCCGAAUUCACGCUUGCACAGAGCGACGAGACGGCACCACCAAAGUCCCCUUCGAAAGGGUCGCCGGCAACGGUGGCGACCAAGCCGGAGAUACCGGAAAAGAAGCUCGAGCUGACCGAGAGUGUUCGCGUGGCUCGCAAGCUCUUCCAGAACGCCAUGGUCGCCGCCGACGCGUCGCCGGACUCGAAGACGGCGGCAGCCAAUUCGUUGGACAGAAAUGGCGAGGGCUCCGAGAGCCCCGUGGCCAAGUGGAAGUCGAUGCAGAAGCCGGAGCUGCCGGAGUUUCUCAGGCGUCGCGACGAGCCACCGAAAACGUCGACGGUGCGCGAGAACAUCAAGCGGUUCUCGCAGGCCGACGAGAACAAGCCCGCCGCUUGGGUCAGUCCGAGGAGCGGUCCGAGGAGCGUUCCGGCCGAGGAGCGGUCCAGUCCGGACAGACGCCUCACGGAUUCCACGCCUCCCGAUAGUUUGUCGACGCGCCUGUCUCGAGGCCAGAGUGCUUCGCCGCGCAAAACUACCACGUUGGACUUGCCAGUCAUCAAGUACGACGUCCCCGUGGCAGUCGACGUGAUUCCGAGACCAGCCCCGCGAACUAGAACGUUAAAAUUGGAGCAUGGUGUGGUAAGCUUGCCGUCAGCUUCCGUGAGUUCGAGUUGUGGAUCGGACGAUCAACCCGACGCACCGUCGGAAACUCCACCACCUCUCCCAUCUCAACCACCGCCAUCUCUGACUUGCGACGAUGAGUCCCCGGAAGAAACGUUGCACGAAUCAAAAUUACCUCAAGACGCUCCGAGUUUAGAAACGAAGCGCGCGCCCUGCGACGAAGGUCUCGCUCCAAGCGGCGAAGAGAGUCUCGGUCACAAGUCCGAGGAAAACAGCGUGCCCGAGCCAACAGAGACACCCAGCGGAAACGACAAACUACUAGACGUGGCGGUAAACGAGAGCGCAGUAGCACCGCAGCUGCCUACCGUGGAGCUCCCGGAAUCGGCGUAUCCCACAGACCUCAACCCGUUCGGUGAGGACGACGAGGAGGUGGAGGAAGAGGAGGAGUACCCGGAGUCCCUAAACCCGUUCGGGGACGAAGACGACGACAGUGCGCCGAAGGCGAGCCUGAGCCCGUACGACGAUUCCUUGAACCCGUUCUCCGAAGGGGACGACGCGUCCCUCUCGAGCACGGCGUCACCUCGGAGGCCCUCCCCGAGAGCGAGGAAGAAGCAGGCUGCCCCGCCUCCUCCAAUCAUGAAGAGUGACGUGGUCAACGCCAAGGACAACGCUAAGGAUGGCGCUAAGGACAAGCAAGAAAAGGACCAAGUGAACAAGUCGAUACAGGACACGCCCUCCAAGAGCACGUUCGCGUACUGGAAGCGAAAGAAGCGGCCUGCGCCGUCUGUGCCUGUUCCCGUUCGCAGAGAGAUCAAGCGGAUCCCGCUGAAGGAGAUUCAAGCGGAAAUGGAGGAAAUUGCAGCCAAGCAGGAGGAACUGGAGAGGCAAGGUCGUGAGAUUGAGAUGCAAAUUCGAGACCGCAACGGCAAGUACCUGAGAGAUGGACAUGUUCCCACCACUGCUGCUGCUGCUUCAGAUACCGAGCCAACAGUUGAAGAGGAGGAGAUGAUUAUGCAUCUUUUUGAGCUCGUCAAUGAAAAGAACAACCUGUUCAGGCGGCAGGCAGAACUCAUGUACAUAAAGCGUUCCCAGAGACUUGAAGAAGAACAAGUUGAGCUUGAGUACCAGAUACGCUGCAUAAUGACCAAGCCCUUGAAUCAAAAAUGUGACGAUGACACCAAGCGGGAGGAGGAACUGCUCCAGCGGCUGCUUGAGGUUGUCGAGGCACGCAAUGAGAUUGUUGACAGCCAAGAAAUGGAUCGGCGGAGGGUGAUGCAGGAGGACUGGAGCAUACAGGAACAGAUGGCACAGAAGCAGAGCGAGAUCAAAGAAAAAAUGGUCACACCCGAGCCCACGCCCGAGAAGAAGCACAAGAAAAAGGACAAGCAUAAGAAGUCCAAGUCGGAUAAGAAGCGCGACGAGAUGGGGGACGAGGAGAAGCGAAAGUCACUGAAAAAGAUCUUCAAGGAGAAGCUUGUGCUGUCCAAGUGACAGGGCACUUGGCCUGUGGUGCUGGGCUGAGCACGUAUCGGCAGCAAGCUUGGAACUUGUGGCGAGGACAGCACAUGUGUGCUGGGAUGUGUUUGUUCUUGAAAAGUUGUACAUAUCAUCGUAACAGUGAUGAAUUGUUGGCAGCUGUACGUCGUGAUUGAUCUUCGUUUUUGCAUUGAGCGAGUGUUUGUGGCAGGUGCAUAUGGUGGUCUUGAAAAGAAUGUCUCCCGUGCAGCUCACAGAGUAAUGAUGUCAAUUCACUCUCUCUCUUCCUCUUUACUAAAUAAGGUAGACGCUGAACUCUGCAUGCAAGUUUGCGCCGACAUCUGUUGGUAGGUUGUUGGCCGUGUAAUUGUCAGUUUUAGAGACUGGCCCACAUGUGUUCUUGAGGCAACUUGUGAGAGACUUCCAAAAACACCUAGGUCAGCGUUGUACAGCAAACCUUGUAGCAGCUAUACAAAAGCCACGAUUGCAAACCAUCCUUACUCGACUGUCUAAGCAACUCCUGAAAUCUGUAAUUAUACGGCACUUUUGAUAACGCUUGAUGUUGGUGCAGAGCCAAAAGUUCUCUGUGUGGUUUCAUUUCAUUUCUUUAAUGUAUUUGCCAGAUUCAGCUAGUGAUCAUGACAGCAGUGGGGGAUAUCAUGAGAACAAUAGUGUACAGCCAAUGGAACCACUGAUCUAACAAAAUUAAAAAUAAAAUCGUUCCUAAUUUUAACAUUAUUGAUGACUGUGAUCGUAAGCAAGUAAUUCUGCGCUGGAGUUUCUGUCUAAUAAACUCCUUGUGCAUCACGCGCACGCCAGGGCUUUGCGACAAGCAAAAGACACAUGCCAAGACGAAGCCCGUCUCUGCUAGACACAGCUCAUGAGGCAUCUUAUACAUAUGCCUGUGCUCACAUUAAAAAUUAUGACUAGUGUGCUUGAUUGAUAAAUUGUCAAGUGGGUAUUUUAUGGUCUUUCAUUGAUCAGUGCUUACUGACAAGGUUUUGGCCACCGUAAGUGUUCUAAAAUUGGCUGUGGAACUUUUUUUUUUCUUUUACUGCUAAAAAGUGCUGCUGGACUGCUGCAUUCAGGCAUUGAGUCUCCUUGCAGCAUGCCGCCUAUUGCCAUCAUUGCUGAUAAAAGUAAAGCUUGGCAAGAAGGGGGUCAGCUUCUUCAGAAGAUGGUAUCUGUGCCAUUUAGAUGUGCUCAUCUGUUGGUUUCCAUUUGUUCGUCUCAUGCGAAAGAAGAAAAUACAUAAAUCAAUGGUGUUAAAGGAUUGCUGUGAGCCGCAACGCUUUGUUGUCCUUUGAACACAGCAGCCACCUUUCUCGAUUUUGAGAUAUUCGGAGGCUGCCAAGAAAAACUUGAGGUUUUGAAGCAUAUGUGGCAUCUAUAGAGCUUAUUGUGCCCCAGGAAAAUAUUUUGUCAUAGCCAAUAUUUUUAGAUAUGCAAGUUCGAGUUGAUGGGUGUUAGCUGCAAUGUAGAAAUAUCAUCUACAUCGAAGGUGAAAGUAAACCGCACCUAUGUCCUGACAGUUGCUUCUAGUGCCAAGAACAAUAGCAGAUGUCAGUUGUACGCAUCAGCUCUAGAAAACCUCAUCUUUCUACAUUUACCUUCUGCUACAAUAAGAGCAAACUUAUGUACGCAGAUAUCUCUUUGUCAGCAACCAUAGUUGAUUUCGUACAUAGCAGGCAACACUGCAAAGGCUAGAGAGAUUUUUCUGACUGCAUGCAUUCGCGACCAAAGAAUAGUGCAUCACAUAUGACAGAAAUAUACUAUGCGUAUAUGUAACGUAAUUCAACAUAACUGAUUUGAUGUGAAUAGGACAUUUAUUUAUACAUGUAAGGCGUCGCAGAUAAGGUUUCUGUGGAGAGUGGCCACAGCGCAGUGCUUGCGCUUGUGAUGAACACAUAGUAUAUACAUGUCGCAUACUGGAAGCGCAAAGGAGCACCAAUAAUAGUAGAUCAUUUGACGUCAUGUUAUGUCUACAAGUUUUAGUUAAAGUAGUUACGUAGAUGCCUUGCAGAUCAAAGCAACUGCACUGUGAAACACAUGUAGUCAUAAUUCUGUGGCUGCACUACCUGAAUAGCUUCUGCAGUGUUGCCUGGUAAGUAUGAAGCAAAGUAUGCACAUUCACGAUCGAACAGACAGCUUGACAACUGAUGAUUGAAGAGCGGUCGGAACUAUCCUCUAGGCUCCUUCCAGUAGUCAUCAUGGUUCAUUCUUAGUAGUGAAAGCUGUGUAGGUCCUCUCAAGAUGGAUUUACAAAAGUGGAUGUCUACGUAAAAGUUCCACCUUGCGUAAAGAACUACUAAGCUCUUGUAUUGAAGCUUCCUACAGGAUGAACUUGAAUCCUGCAGAUAGCCAUGCAAAAUACUCCAAAUGUGUGGAAAAAUCGUUGAGCAGAUUGCUGCAGCCCUUGUUUUUGUGGCUGAAUGUGUUGCAUUGCAAAAGCAUAUUCACAGUCUUUGUACAGUGCUCUUUCAUCAGUGUUAAGUUUACUUUCCAACUUUUCUGUUCUCUGAAAAAAUUGCGGGGGAAGGAAGCUACUUUUCCUGAAAAUUUUCUUGUGGAAAAGUUCCACAGCACUGAACACUUCUAACUCAAGUGAUAAAUGAUCACUGUUUCUUGUUUGUCGACCAUUUCUAUUUGUUACUGAUGUUCAUGCCAGCACUUAUGUCAGCAACCUUACUAAACACAAUGGCUUGAGCUUGCACACAUACAUUUUGCUACAAGGUUUUCAUUUCUUUUUUCUGCACACCAUGAGGUUGUGUAGUGUCGUCCAUUGACUUCUUUGGCUUGCAACUUUAUCGCAGCAUUGCUUGCUCAACUGUAAUUACACGUAAUUUAUUAGCACCUUUCAGUUCAGCAACACGUCUUGCCACACAAUAUCUGUAAAAUGCUGUGCCAAUUCUACAUUUGGAAUGAAAGCUAAUUUGCAUUUUAUCCACUUAACGCUGGUGAUAUGACAUGCCUUUGUUCUCACAUUUGAAACCCUUUGGUUAGCCUUUAAUUGUUUAAGCCUAUAUUCCUACAGCACAGCCUCUUGUGGAAUAAAUGCAGCUGUCAUAACCUUUUGAGAAACUUUUGAAGGCUGAUGCCACAAAAGUAUGACAUGAGUGAGAAAGAUAAACGAAUCUGAGUGGCUAAGUGUUUAUUUGUUUGUUACAGCCAUGUGAUUAAAAGAGACUAUGAGGCCAAAGAAAGCAUAGGGAAACUUAACUAUGCUUAAUUAAAAUGUGAAAAUACUAAGAAAAAAGAAAGGAAAUGAAAGUAAACGAAAGGCAAUUUGCCACAAGUGGGAGCCGAUCCUGUAUCUUACACAUGCUGACUGUGGUGCCUUACCACUUAAGUUACUAUGACGGUCACCCUCUUUUUUUUUUUUUUUUUUUUUCUUUGAAAGAAAAAGGGGGGGUAUUUGUGUAUGUGAAAAGAUUGGCCCAGGGGGUGUUAGCCAGUGCUGCUCACAACCAUGGGAGCAGAUGUUCCACAUUUGGGCUACUGUACUGGACAUUGUCAAAUUUGCCAUCUUGUCAGCUCUGAUUGGUCCAAAAUGCCACCAUUACAGAAUUUGAUGAUAUGGCGGAAUUCGACAGUGUCCAAAAUGGCACCGCUGCCGCUGGAAAUUCUGCCGCCAUGGCAUGGACACCUAUGGACAAACUUAGGAACGGACUAUGAAAAGAGCUGCGGAUUGAUUUCACCCCUGGCCCCCAGCACAAAAGUUCUCAAGGGGCUCUAGGCAGAGCACACUGUUCAUUUGUGGGCGAACCACUGCACCUCCACGAUUUCCAAGCAGUGUGUGCCUAAGCUGUCUGACAUGCACUUGAGUGUGUGAAAAGAAACGUUGCCAGCACUGCUCAAGCCAGAUCAAAUGAGCUUUUGCAUUGGUAUAUUUUUUGUGGAACAAUGGAGGCAACUACUGGUGAAUGAGUCACACUGUAGUUGUCGCCAGAGCUAAUGACCAACAAUUGAAGCUCGCUACAACUGGCAUAUUACUAUACUAUCUUCACUUGUCUGGGUAAGAAAUAAGGCAUCAUUAUCUGAAAGAAAUAAAACUUUUUUUUUUGCAUUUCAUGCAUGAACCAUGGCGCCGACACUAAAGUGACAUAGAUUAUUGCCAUUUCUCUCUUUGUGUGUGUGUGCAGUUAAUUCCUGCAAAAUCUUCCAGGUUGAUUUUUCAUUUGAUUAUGAAUGCAGCACAGCCAUUUGCCAUAAGCCUUUGUUUCUGGCAUACUAAGUGAAGGAGAACUAGUGUCACACAGGGAAGCGCACUGCAUGUAACACCAUGUCAGAAGCUUCAACUAUGGCACAUGUGGCUUUUGAGCCUUGUACGAAACAAGUUAAAGGAUACACAUGUUAACUAAUACACAAUGAGAUGGUUUUUUUAUGCGUCUGUUCUAUGUUAUUGCAUACCGUUAAACAUUUUUUUAAUUGUGGCCAGGCUUUGUCCAAUAUUUGUCCUUUACCAUUGGUGCUUUGCCUAACGUGUAUGGCCCACUGUGCAAACAUUAUUUUGCUUUUUUUUUUUUUUUUAGGAGGGUGAAUGAGACAAAGGCAAUUUUUUCUCGAUUUGGUUUCAAGUGGCUUUAACUGUCCAUUGUCUAUGCUUCUUGCAAUACAAUAAAGAACAUUCUGUCGCCAUAUGGUGACUGCUCAAACGUGCUGUCUAAUCAUGCGGUAACAGAACCACAAUCAAAUGUGUGAACAACUGCGACGCCCAGGGACCCAUCGCAGGCCUGCAACACAACACCUUGAACUUGGCUGUUCUUUCAAAGCUGUGUACUUGCAAGUGGCUGCUGCAGAUCUUGUAGAUCCACUCGUCGAGAUCGAAGGGUGUGCUCUUUACAAUAAAAUAAAGAAUGUUCCGUCGCCAUUUGGUGACUGCUCAAA